AUGGCGUUCCCCCGCCCAAAGCCCAACACUAUGGAGACGCUCGCCUCUGAGCGUGCCAACCACCCCUUCAACACCCGGAAACUCGCCAUCGCACUGCACGGGUCCGAGCGCGACCUCGAGCUCAAAGAACGAUUCAUGGCUGAGAUUGCCCGACACCCCGCCUUCAAGUCAUCCGAUAUUCACGAUCUGAGCAAGGAUGAGAUCCGGGAGCGGACGAUGGAGAAGUUUGCGAGUAUGGUGCACUUUGUGACUACUGAGAGUCUUGAAGUGUUCAAUUUGCGGAUGCAGCUGAUUGGUAUUGCGGACCCCGCAUUCUGGACACGGUUCGGUGUCGCCUAUGGGCUCUUCCUCGGUGCUGUACGGAGUGGAGCUACUCCCAACCAGCUCUCCUACUGGAUUGACCGCGGUGUGCUCGGACUCAACGGCGUUAUCGGCUGCUUCGCAAUGACCGAGCUCGCGCACGGCUCCAACGUCGCCGGGCUCGAAACGACCGCUACGUUCGACGAGGAGACUGACGAGUUCAUCAUUCACACCCCUCAUCUGGGAGCAACCAAGUGGUGGAUUGGUGGAGCGGCCAGCACGGCUACGCACGCGGCGGUAUUUGCGCAGUUGAUUGUCAAGGGCAAGAAGCACGGUGUCAAGACCUUCGUGACCCCUUUGAGGGAUGUCAAGACGUUCGACCUCCUCCCUGGUGUCAAUAUUGGGGAUAUCGGAAAGAAGAUGGGCCGGGACGGUAUCGACAACGGCUACAUCCAGUUUACUUUUGUCCGCAUCCCCCGAGCGCACAUGCUCAUGAAGCACACCCAAGUCUCGCGCGAAGGUGUGGUCACUGACCCACCACUUGCUCAAUUAACGUACGGAGCUCUUAUUUCCGGGCGGACGUCCAUGGUUGGUGACUCGAGCAACACAGCCAAGAAGGCUUUGACCAUUGCUGUACGGUACGCUGCGGUCCGGAGGCAGUUCAGCAGUGGCAAGGGAAAGCUCGAGACCCAAAUUCUCGACUACCCUAUUCACCAAAGGCGGCUUAUGCCACUCGUCGCUCAGGCCGUCGCUAUGGGAUUCACUGGAAUGAAGCUCCAGGCCAUGUACAAUGAUAUGUCGGCUUCUCUCGAUGUCUUGGAGCCUUCAGACCUCAAGGAGACGCACGCGACCUCGGCUGGUCUCAAGGCGUUCUGUACAUGGGCUUGCUUGGACACGAUUGAGAAGUGCAGGCAGGCUUGUGGAGGGCACGGAUACUCUGCGUACUCGAAUCUUCCCGCCAUGUAUGCCGACUUUGCGGUUCAGUGCUCUUGGGAGGGCGAUAACACCAUUUUGAGUCUGCAAGCUGGACGAGCGCUCGUUGGCGCUUGGGGUGCGGCCUCGAAAGGCAAGAAGCUCGCUCCCGGCGUGGCCUACCUCGGCAACCCCGCUACCCGGACCGCCAAGUCCGACGGCUCGCUCAACCACAUUGACAUUCAGCGCGGAUUCGACUGCGUUGCCGCCAACGGUAUCAAGAAGGCCGCAGAGGAAUACGUCAAGCUGCUCAAGUCGGGCAAGAGCAAGGACGAGGCCAUGGAGAUGUGCAGUUCGUCCCGAUUCGUCGCGGCCAAGCUGCACACCAUGGGAUCCAUGUUCCGGAUGUACCGCGAGGCGGUCGAGGAGAUGCCCGAGACGGACGAGAGCAAGGUGUUGAAGACUGUGUGUACGCUCUAUGGGCUUUGGCAGAUGGAGGAGCUGCAGGGUGCUUUCUUGAAGUAUGGCUACUUGACCGCCGACCAGCUCGACAAGGUUUCCGAGCAAGUCGACGCCCUCUGCCUCGAGAUCCGUCAAUACGCCGUCCCUCUCAUCGACGCCUUUGCGCUCUCGGACCACCUCAUCAACUCACCUCUGGGUAAAUGGGACGGAUCGGUAUACGAGUCGUACUUUGCCCAGGUCCGCGCGUCCAACCCCCUCCCCAAGGUCCACCCGUACUUUGAGCGCCUUAUCCGCCCUCUUCUUGAGCGCAAGAAUGCGGACUUGCCGGAUGUGGAGAAGGAUAUGGGACUGGAUGAGGAGCUGGCAGAGAUGCGCGCAGAGAUGGCCAAGGGGAAUCAGAAGGAGAAGAAGGUGCAGAAGAAGGGGGCGAGCGCAAUGGUCAAGCCGGAAUGA